GCAGGUUGUGUGACGGAACUACCACCCUGCGCCAUCUACGUCGCGUCCCGUGCGCCGGUUUACGUCAGUCACGUCGCGGCAACACACGAGGAGCCGUUCAGUGAGUGCUGAGUCGGGUUAGUGCCGCCGCCAGCGGGUUCAGCAGCCGGGUGUCCUGCCUCACAGCUGCCGCGUCCCAUCACCCCUAGCGGGAAGCCCGUCCGCCUCCGCCCCGCGGUGUUCUCCGUCACUGCCGCCAGCAGCUACCCGGAAGCCAUGGACCCCAGCGACACAGCCCCGGAUUCCUGGGAGCAGGCGGACGUGGACGGCCCGGAGGCCCAACUCAACUCGUCCCUGGCCAAGCUCAACGUCAACGCCAAGCCGUUCGUCCCCAAUGUCCACGCCGCGGAGUUCGUGCCUUCCUUCCUGAUCCAGGGCGGCGAGUCAGCGGACGGGCUUGAGGAGGAGGAUGCCACCGAUAAUUCUGCACAAGAAGAAAAGUCCCAGUCAUCUGAAGGUUCCAAUGCUGUUGUUGGCAUGGAGAUUUCUGAACCUGUUGUAGAAAAUGGAGAGACUGAGAUGUCGCCUGAAGAGUCCUGGGACCACAAAGAUGAACCAAGUGAAGCAGAACCGGGAGGUGGCUUUUUGGGAGAUGGCAGGUCCACUGAUGAAGUAGCCCAAGAAAUGAUGGAGGAAGAGGAGGAGAUUCCAAAACCCAAAACUAUUGUUGUUCCUCCAGAUGCACCCAAAAAAGAACAUGUUAAUGUAGUGUUCAUCGGGCAUGUAGAUGCAGGAAAAUCAACUAUUGGUGGACAGAUUAUGUAUUUAACUGGCAUGGUGGACAAAAGAACACUUGAAAAAUAUGAAAGGGAAGCAAAAGAGAAAAACAGAGAAACCUGGUAUCUGUCAUGGGCUUUAGACACAAACCAGGAAGAACGAGAUAAGGGAAAGACUGUAGAGGUAGGCCGUGCGUACUUUGAAACGGAGAAAAAGCACUUCACCAUCCUUGAUGCCCCUGGCCAUAAAAGUUUUGUUCCCAAUAUGAUUGGGGGAGCCUCGCAGGCUGAUUUAGCUGUGCUGGUAAUCUCAGCACGAAAAGGAGAAUUUGAAACCGGAUUUGAAAAAGGAGGACAAACGAGAGAGCAUGCCAUGUUGGCAAAAACAGCUGGUGUAAAACACUUAAUAGUUCUUGUGAAUAAGAUGGAUGAUCCUACUGUAAACUGGAGCAACGACAGAUAUGAAGAAUGUAAAGAGAAGCUUGUACCCUUCUUGAAGAAAGUUGGUUUCAACCCUAAAAAAGACAUUCACUUUAUGCCAUGUUCAGGUCUGACUGGUUCCAACUUAAAGGAGCCAGUGGAAUCAUGCACGUGGUACAAUGGAUUACCAUUUAUCCCAUACCUUGAUAACAUGCCAACCUUUAACAGAUCAUAUGAUGGACCUGUUCGACUUCCAAUUGUGGAUAAAUACAAGGAUAUGGGAACUGUGGUUCUAGGAAAACUAGAAUCUGGUUCAAUUUGCAAAGGACAGCAGCUUUGCAUGAUGCCAAACAAGCACACUGUUGAAGUUCUUGGAUUACUUUCUGAUGAAGUAGAGACGGAGCUUGUAGCGUCUGGAGAAAAUCUGAAGCUCAGGCUGAAAGGUAUAGAGGAGGAGGAAAUUCUUCCAGGAUUUAUACUCUGCGACCCGAACAACCUCUGUCAUUCUGGGCGUACCUUUGAUGCACAGAUUGUGAUUAUCGAGCACAAGUCAAUUAUUUGUCCUGGUUACAACGCAGUGCUGCAUAUUCAUACAUGUAUUGAAGAAGUUGAAAUAACGGCCUUAAUCUGUUUGGUAGACAAAAAAUCAGGGGAAAAAAGUAAGAUACGGCCCCGCUUUGUAAAACAAGAUCAAGUAUGCAUUGCCCGCUUAAGGACAGCGGGGACUAUUUGCCUUGAAACAUUCAAAGAUUUCCCUCAGAUGGGUCGAUUUACCUUGCGAGACGAAGGUAAGACCAUUGCAAUUGGAAAGGUCUUGAAACUGGUUCCUGAAAAGGAUUAAGCUUUCCUCUUGACCCUGCACAAUACUGUGAGGAAAAUUGACUCUACAGAAGCCUACUUCACAUCGCCUUCUUACUUUCUGCCCAUUGACAAUACACUCUUCCCUAUGACAAAAUUACACAGCAGAAAAGAACAAGUCCACAUUGUCAGCUUUCUCAUAUUGAGAGCUCUGCUAUGCCACUGUUGAAUUCCCCUACUCAACAUUUUAUUUUCAUCCCUUCCAAAGUCUGCAUCGUUGGAGAGAUUUGGCAAUAGCCUUGUAAGUGAUGUGGACAAAAUUGCCUACAAUAACGAAAACCUAAGAUUUUUUUUUUUUUCUAUUAUAAUUUUUUUUUUUAUAUAUAUAUAAAUACAUGCAAUACUACCCUGUUCUCGUGUCCAUUACAUAAACACCAUAAUUCUAAGCAGACCAUUCAGAGUGUGCAAAUGUGCAAGCACAUGUUACAGAGAAAACUACCAUGUUAAUAAAAUAUCAAUUUAAAACCCCUUUUCAGUAUUUGCAUUGCUUUUGAAUGCUUUUUUCUUUUUUUUUAACCUGAAUGUAACACUGCUGCGUUAACUUCUUAAAAACAAAUUCCUAGUAUUUUAUUAGAAUAUUGACUUGGAUAUUUUUCUCCCUAUUCUUAACUGAAUAUCCACCUCAGUGACUUAAAAAAAAAAAAACCCUUCUCUUAGAUACCCCACACAGUUUUCGAAAGACGAGCUUGAAAUACAGGUUUUGUAUUAAAUAAAAUACUUUGUUGCGGUUUUGUUGUAAACAAAUUAGCCCACCUAGAUUAAAACUAAACGUACGCAAACUUAAUACCAAUUUAAUUGUACUCAUUAUCACAAAGUACCAUAUUGACAUGAAGUAUAGUAAAAUACCUGUAUUUUCUAUAUUCAAUUAUAGCUUGUGUAUCAAAAGAAAGUGGAAUUUGUUUUGGGGCAUCAGUCUGUAUUAAUCUGCAGAUUCUUUAAAUAUUUUAAGAAUUCAAAUCCAACUUUAUUUACAAUUCAUGAAGAAGACAUAGGUAGCUUUUUCCAAAGCUACAUUUUAAAUACUACCUGAGAAGGAUUUAAUUUCUCAGUUACAGUUGAGUCUUUGUGUUGUGAAAUAUAAAGGCUUGAUUUUUUGCUGCUUCAAGUGUCUUGAGAUGAGCAGAGAACGGUCAGUGUUGAGCUCAUACAAGUUUGCACAUAUUAUACCUUUUGGAUAUGUGAGAUAGGUAGGAGUUCUGCCAUCAGUAAACAUUACAUAUCAAGAGUUUGGCUUGUCUAGAACUGAAAGCAUUAGAAAUGUCUCUGGUAAUUGGUGAAUGACACACUAGCAUUUUUUCGUUCCAGCGAUCCUCAGGAUAUGAAGAGCAAUAGUGUAGCUAUUUCUAGCUGUACAAUUAUAACAGUCUUAAGAGGGGCCAAAAAUAAAGGAAACAUCUUUUGUGAAGGGGGAUAUAGUAUAUGCUUGUUAUAUUGGACGUUUCCUUGACUUUCUAAGAGUUUUUUGACUUGAUUAUGGUUAACUUCAGAGUGAAAUGUAUUCAGAUGUAAUAUGCUGAACUCCUAGAAUCCUCUGCAGUCUGUGGCUGUCAGUUUGCAGAUCAAAACAGUGAAGAUUGUUCAAUUUUGUUUCUUUGUAUCUGUGGAUUUUCCAUUCAUUUCACAAAUGAGGCUACAUUGUACGGCCAGAGAAAGCUAUUGUCCUUCAGUUUUAAAUGAUUACUCUUGUAGCUGCCGUAAUGCAUGAAAUGGAAAUAAAUUUUAUUAUGUCAGAAAA